CGCAUGUACGGAUGGAUAACUUCUCUCACUUUCGCCAACCUGAGGUAGCUUGAUCUCUCCAACACAAGACCAUUGCUUGCAUCAACCUUGUUUAGCUAUUUCUUUUCCUCGACCGACCAUGUCGUCGUCCGACGAAGAUGUGGUACGGCGUCCUGGGCGAAGUGGUGGUGGUGGAUUGAGCCAGCCUGAAAGUGAAGCAGGUAGCCCGAGUCCUGUUGCAUCCGAUGCUGGCAAUAUGAACGGUGUUGAUGAUGACGAUGCGGAUCUGUUUGGAUCGGACGGUUCUGAUGGAGGUUUCGAUCAGGAUAAUGAUCGGCCCCAACGAACCCUUGACGAUGCAGAGCUUGAUUCCGCUGACGACGAAGAUCGUUACGAUCGGGUGGGUGAUCGGAUGGACUACGAAGGUGGCGACGAAGGAGAUUUCCAGGAAACCGUCAAUAUCAUGGAUUUAAGCUUGGGGCGGGCUCCAGAGCCAGUGACUUCUAAUGGCGAGGUAUAUACCAUGCCGGUUCCCAACUUUCUCUCCAUAGAAACCGAAGAGUUCAACCCAGAGACCUACGUAGCUCCCCCGUACUCCACUGCAGCAACAUCUCUCUGCUGGCGCCAUGACCCAAAUAAUGAGAGCCUCUUGCAAUCCAACGCCCGAAUUAUCCGCUGGGAGGAUGGAUCCAUGACACUGCAGUUAGCUUCUGCUCCCAAGGAGCAGUAUAGGAUAUCGACCAAACCUCUCGCGCCUUUGAACAAGAUGGGCGACUAUGACACAAAAUUGGAUUCCCACGUCUACCUCGGAGCAGCAGCAGAAACCUCUUCCGUGUUCCGAUUGACGUCUCAUCUGACCCAUGGACUUACCGUUUAUCCGACAACUAUGGAAACCGACGAUGCUGUGCAGCGUCUCCAAGAAUCCUUGGCCGCAGCCGCUCGUGGUGGCAAGAAGACGGCUGAUGGAUCAGCACCCGUGAUUGAAGUGAAGGAGGACCCUGAGCUGGCCAAGCGCCAGGCUGAGCUUGCUGAACGCGAGAAACUGAAGGCUGCGCGCCGUCGUGAGCAACUUGCAGAUAGGGAGCUGGAUCGUGGUCGCCGCUUUGGCAUGUCCCACCGCACUGGAGGUGCUGGUCUCACCGUGGGCGGGUUGGAAGACGACGAUGGCUUACUUACUACGAGACCUCGGGCGAAGAAACCUCGCCGACCUAACCGUCGGGGGGAGAUUUACACCGAUGAAGAAGAAGAGGGAGACUACGACCGCCGUGGCCGCACAAAGGAGGACGAGUAUGACGAGGAUGAUGGAUUCCUUGUUGGUAGCGACGAAGAACUGGAAGUUGAGGAAGAUGACGACGAAGAGGACAUCCUGGAAGAUGAUGACAUGGAUGCAGAAGGCGAGGAUGACGACCUCCCAGCCGCCUCGAAACAUAAAGCAAAACGAGCCUCCCCCGAGCCAAGAGCUGAAGCAGGAACUCCGCCAGCUAGGAAGAAGAAUCGUUACGUUGUGGACGACGAUGAUGAAGAGUAACCCCUAUAUGAUUACCUACUACCACAUACCUGAUGUCAUUUUCCCUUUCCGCACCAUAUAAUCCGAAUCAAUCCCGUUUGUUUUAAUGAAAUAUGUACAAUAAAAU